UGGCAUGUGGAGUUGCAUUCAGCCUCUGUCCCGAAGGCAGGCUGUGCUGCCUCCCCAAAGUGAAGGCAGGAGCUGCACAUCUGUGAAACUGCUUAAACGUGUCCAAACAUUUUGCUGGGUGACUGCCAGCACCCUUGGUGUGUGAUGUCAAACAGUGGGCAGUCCUUGUAGCCUCCCCCACCAGCCUCCAGUGUCAUGUGCCAGUAUGAAUAUUAAGAAAGAGAAGCAUACUUCAGAGCUCAGCAUCCCGGAAAGAAAAAAGAAGGAACUAAGCAGAGAGAGCAAAUGAUUGUACUGCUUGCAAAACUUGAGGCUGUUCACUUUUUCUCCUGAGAAGCUUCAUCUUAGCCUUUGUGGGAGAGUCAAGAAAGUAGGCAGAGCAGCCACAGUGAUUUUCUUUUUCCCUUUUUAAUUUAAUUUUUUCUCCCUUGUGUCUGGAUUUUAAGUGUGCUGCACUGAUCACAAGCACUGGACAUCAAUAUGUGUCAUGUCAUUGUGACGUGUCGGUCGAUGCUGUGGACUCUCCUGAGUAUUGUGGUGGCUUUUGCAGAGCUCAUUGCCUUCAUGAGUGCAGACUGGCUGAUUGGCAAGGCAAAGCCUUCAAGCGCCGAGGAGGUGGACAACAGAACCGGGGGAUCGCAGGAGCCCUACCGACCAACGCUGGGCAUCUACGGGCGCUGCACCAGGAUUUCCCACAUGCAGUUCUCUAGACGAGACACACUUUGUGGUCCUUACGCUGAAAACUUCAGUGAGAUUGCCAGUGGGUUCUGGCAGGCAACCGCUAUUUUCCUAGCCAUGGGAAUCAUGAUUCUCUGCACUGUGGCAUUUGUGUCUGUCUUUACUAUGUGUGUGCAGAGCAUUAUGAAGAAAAGCAUUUUUAACGUCUGUGGGCUGCUACAAGGGAUUGCAGGGCUCUUCCUUAUCUUAGGCUUGAUACUUUACCCUGCAGGUUGGGGAUGCCAGAAGGCGAUAAGCUAUUGUGGACCUUAUGCUUCUGCUUACAAACUAGGAGACUGCUCCUUGGGCUGGGCUUUCUACACAGCUAUCGGCGGCACUGUUCUGACGUUCAUCUGUGCAGUCUUCUCGGCACAAGCUGAAAUAGCCACAUCCAGUGACAAAGUGCAAGAGGAAAUAGAAGAAGGAAAAAACCUUAUCUGCCUCCUUUAACUCCAGUGGGGGAAAAUAACGGCACCUGGAUCUUUAUCUGCUUUCCAUUGACUGGACAAGCAGAUCCAUUUACCUGUUUUUACCAUUUGUGUGAUUGAGCCCCAUGCAUUCCAGCCGUGAACUACUGAAAGGGUCUUUAUUCUUUGCUGGGCAAUGAGGAUCAGAGAAAGGAUCCCAAGAAAGCAGAAUGUAAAUACUUGGGGAUAUUUUUAGUUUCAUUCUGUGAUCAGGACACAGUGGAAUAUAUUAAUCCAACUGGGGAUGUAAUCAAUCACAUGUAUAUAGCAGGAAAUGUUGUUAAAACUGACACAUUCUGAUUGAUCGGAUUGCCUAACCCAUCUUGGUCACUUUGAAGAAUUUGAGUUUAAAAUAACAAAAGCCAGCACAUUUUUUUUUCUCUUCUUAAGCAAAAGAGAAGCCUAUUUUAAUGAGGCUGGAUUUCCAAGGGCUCCCCUCACUGGUGAAUAUUUCUUCACCAUCACCUGGUUUAGUACCAUUUUCAUGGAGGUGCUUUUUGGUACUGAACUUCCUAGAAGUACAGUGCCUUCUUGGAUAUUAACUUUAUAUUGGAGAGAGCAAAACUGAUGUUUACACCAAUCUUUAGGCAUUUAGAAAGUGAAGUGCCUGCCAGGUUUCUCUCUCUUGAAACUUUAGAGCACAAGGUGUGUGCAGCUUGUUACUUAGCAGGUAAAUAUUGUUUCCGCUGACUAGACAGAGAAGCUGUUGUUAGACUGGCUCUCACAUGAUUCAGAUAAAACAGAAAUAUUUCUACAGCCUUUAUUAGAACUUGAAAUCCCAAGCAGACAACAGCUUCCCACAGUAUAAGCCUUACCUGGGCUGCAGUCUCUCCUACAACAAUGGAUUUCACAUUGUACUUCAACUUUUUCUCUGGUCAGUGAUACAUCAUUCCCAGUCUACAGAUCAGUCUGUCUCAUGACCCACAGGCAAAUGAGUCUUUAGGAAAUUUAAAUUUUUCAGAAAGCCGUGACAAAUUCUAUAUGGCUGGGAAGAAUUUUUUUCCUUUUUUUUAAUUUUUUUAUUUUAUUUUUUUUUUGUGUAUGUGUAGUAGUAGACCUUUUUCUAACUAAAUCAGCAGAAAUUAAACAGACCUUGCCACAAAUGCCAUUUUUUUCUCAAAGCCAGCUGGUUGUGUUAUUUGUGGUGUUGCCUCACUUACUAGAACUAUUUCUGAUAGCAAGUUUAUAAGGUAUUGUAACAAACACAGGAAUGAUUCAAAUGUGCCAUAGGAGCAUUGGGGAUAAUUCAUCCAAGAAGUAGUUCUAAUUAAAUACUAGAUGAAUUUUAUAUUGCUUUUCUUAUUUCUUGGUAUUUUAACAUCAUCCAGUGACAGUGUUGCUUCACUAUUACACAAAGCAGAGAUCCUUGUUUUUGCCUGGCCAGUCCUUUAAAAUGCGCCAUUAUUAUUAAAACUAUUGUUGUUACUGUCCAGGUAGGUAGCUGCUUUCAAUGCACUGCUGACGUGCACAAGUGCUGUACAGCAGUCCUGACAGUGGGCCUAGGACAGCCUGGAGGUCCUGGAGGUGAACAGUCAUGGAACUGGGUCCCCAUCCAGCAUCUGCUGCCCACCACAGACACAGAGCGGCUCCCAGCCUGCGCCUCUGCCUGCAGCCUGCGUGCUGGACAGAUACACAGGUGACUUCUGAGACGCAGUGCAACAAGGUCAGCUUCUGCCUGUAUUCAAAAAGGGAUUGUUUUAACCUAGCCUCUUGCAUUCACCUGCUCCUGCAACCCACAUCCACCAUCUUCUACUUUAAAACUCACUGUUUCUUUUAAAUGCUGAAUUUAAAUCCCCUCCAAAAGUUAUUGUCAGGGACAAACUGCCUGCACAAACCAAGAUUUCAAUAAAGCAAAAUUGCCAGCAUAAAGUGGUGCCUGAGGGUGAAAAUCACAGCCCGCACACCCCGUCCAUACCUGUGUUUGUCUUGUUGGCUUUGCCCCAUAGACACCCCAUACAUCUGAAGGACAUGUACUGGCCUUGUAUCUGGGGUCCAGCAAGGCUUCCUCCACGCAUCCCUCCUGUACCCCUGCUGGAGCAGACACUGAACUUGGGCCACCAGUUCAGCUCUGCCCUGUCCUUGGGAGCCCUGCUGUUGGGAAAAAGGGGACAAGCAGUUGUACGAGUACCUUAUCAACCAGCUAAAAAUGAAUUACUAAGCAGAUGUACAGUUUUAGCUUCCUUAGAUGGGUAGCAAUCCAAACUCCAGGUAACCACUGCCAACAAGUCUUGACACAGUAUUAGAGUGAAAAAUGCUGCUUUGGCUUAAGCACUUGAUUAGUCAGGUCAGUUCUCACAAAGGUCGAGAGGGCAUACUCUGCUCUGCCUGAGAAGUAAACAAUGAACAACCUUCAUUCAUGUUACUAGCUGACCUCUGCUGCAAUCCACAUGAUGACUAAAAAAAUUUCAAUAGUACCUUUUGUUUAGGUUUGAUUUUUUUUUAAGUACAAAGGAGAGAUUUUCAGUGGCACAUACUGCUUUUGUUUGCAAUCGUAAGCAAGAAGAACCAGCUUUUCUGCUUGUUGCUGGUAUAUUAUCAGCUUGCUCUGCAACAGCAUAAUUAACUAACUUGCAAGAAUAUCCAUGUUCAUCACAUAGCACAGAUAGAAGACAGGCUGGGAAGAAGUACAGAGGAGAAAUAGUCAGAAUUUCUUUUCUCAGGGUUCUGUUUUUCUAGCAAGUGAUAAGGUGGUAUAUAUUGAGAAUUUUUUUUUCCCUGGAUGAGGUUUUCAGGUGCAGGGUGCACUCACUGAAUUUCACAGUUGUUUAAAUUGCUCCUGAAGUUCACCUCAGCAGUAGCUUUCAAAGGCACUUUGGGAAAGAAAAAAAGAAAAAUCAGCUUAAAGCUAAUUUAACUGAUUUCAUGAGGGGGCUGCAGAGUGUAACUGCUUCUUAAUGUACAUGCACUGCAUAGGAUCUAGAGGAAUUUGCUGUGGAUUCUUUAAACCUGUGUGCCAAUUAGUUAAGUUUGUUUUGUGGUAUUGAAGAUUUCUUCAAACAUCUGUGGUUUCAUCAACUUCUUAAACUUAUAUUCAAUAAAGUGCCAUAGACCAUU